UUUCGGAAGGUCAUCCCAUUCCCAUCCCACGACCCCUUCUUAUCUCAUUGCAAUUUACUCUCUUUUCUCUCACACCAAACAAAACAAAGCAAAGAAGAGCAUAUAAUAUCUCUCUCUACUUUCUCUUUAUCCUCUUCGCUAACCCUACCUAUUCCCCAAGGUUCGCCAUGAAAGGUGGCAAAUCCAAGGCUGCUCCCAGAAGAACUGAUGCCAAGCUGAAAAGCAAGAGCGCUGGGGCUGGUAAGAAGGCAGGAAAGGCUGGAAAGGAUCCUAACAAGCCGAAGAGGCCUGCCAGUGCUUUCUUCGUUUUCAUGGAGGAAUUUAGAGAAAAAUACAAGAAGGAACAUCCUAACAACAAGUCCGUUGCCGCUGUCGGUAAAGCUGGUGGUGACAAAUGGAAAUCAUUGACAGAUGCUGAGAAAGCUCCAUUUGUUGCGAAAGCUGAGAAGAGGAAGGCUGAGUACAACAAGAACAUGGUAGCUUACAACAAGAAACUGGCUGAGGGAGAUAAUGGAGCAGACGAAGAGGAGUCUGACAAGUCAAAGUCAGAGGUGAAUGAUGAUGAGGACGAGGAGGACGAGAGUGGAGAUGAUGAAGAUGAUGACGAGUAGAGAAAGAUGGGAGACCUGGACUGAGUUGUGGGCUAGCACAAAGAUCAAGUUGUGUAACAUUGCUUAGAACCCAACCCCAAAAAAAUAUAAUGAUGAUGAUCAUGAUGACCCUUCUUCAUUUCAGAUUUUUCUCUUCUGAUAAAUAGCUACUUUUUUUAGGUUAGAGACUUUAGGAACAAAAAAACAUCCCAAAACAAGGAAUCAGCCUCCAGCUUCGUCUGCUUGGUUGAUUCCAAUAUGGUUCUGUACUUAAUUCUCCGUUUUAUGUUCAAUCACUCAGUUAGUGUGCGCUUUUAAAUUCUAA